AUGCAUUGCAUAGUAUUUGCAAACAUAUUUUUGAUGAUAGCACUUGCGUAUUAUGUUCGACAUCACCAUUUAGAUAUUAAAAAAGAUAAUUUUUUGAAUGUAGUACAAGAGGGGGGAAAUAUUAGUUUAAUUAUUGCACACCCAGAUGAUGAAGUCAUGUUUUUUUUUCCAACGCUAAAAUUAUUAUUUGAUAAAAAAAAAAAAAAAGAACUUUUUCUUUUUUCUCUUUCAAAUGGGAAUUAUUAUGGAAAGGGAAAAAUUAGAGAAAAAGAAUUAUUUAAUGUUUGGUCAUACCUAGGGGGAGAGAAAAAUAAUUGUGAAAUUUUGGAUGACGACCAAAUACAGGACAGCUGGAAUUUCUGGGAUGAACAACAUCUUGCGAACGUUUUAACAGACUACUGCUCCAAGCGCAACAUAAAACUGGUUUUAACCUUUGACAAAUAUGGAGUAUCAGGACACCCAAAUCACAUAAGCAUUUACAACAGCGCGCGGUUAUUAUCAAAAACGAAAGAUGUAAAAGUUUUUACUUUAAAUUCAGCUAAUUUAAUACCUAAAUAUUUGGGAUUCUAUUCUUUACCUUUUAUUUUACACACUAAAUUUCUUAUUACCGCCUUUAAUCCUUUUUUGUUGAUGAGAUUAAUGACCCUAUACAAAUCGCAGUUUGCCCAUUAUCGUAUGCUAUUUUGUCUAAUUUCGCAGUAUGCCUAUUUUAAUAGUUUUAACUUAUUAAAUGAGGUAUAA